AUGGCCGGUCAUGCUAUGGAAAUCCCGCAGAUUAUCCAAUCUGCGAGCAUCAAUCACAACCCUGACCCAGCUUAUGACAUCAACCCAGCCACCGCAGCUUCAGAGAAACAACCCGUCGUGGUAGGCCCAGACUCCGAAACAAACAGCAUUGCCUCCGACAUUGUCCACCCAAGCCGAGUAAUUCGACCGACCCACCGCCGACAGACACUUCCUCCUCUACCGGAUCUGCGCUUCGAACAGAGCUAUCUGGCCAGUAUUAAGGAUGCCGACACCUGGGGACGAGUGGCGUGGAUUACUACUAGGGAUCAGGUACUUCUUCCUCUGAUCCAAGGAACCGUCUGGACACUCGCGCUCUCGGGCUGGCGCUUCUGGAACCGCAAUGCCUCAGUCAGCGGGCACACCCUGGGCAGUCGGGUUCGCAGAUGGUGGUACGAAGUGAACAAUUGGCAUCUGCCGCAAAUGGGAUCAGCCAGGGAUCCAAAACUGGCGUCGCAGGUUGAAGAUUUUUUGCAGUUUUACACAGCUCAGUUCUCCAAUGCAGGCUCUGACUGA